AUAUGCAAAGAUAUAUAUGCACUAAGAAUUCCUUCUCAUUCUUAACUCUUCAAGGAAAAAAGAAAAAAGACAUGGAGAGCCACAGAGAGGACAGGUAAUGGGUUGUGAGUGUGUGUGUGUGGGGUUUCCAUCCGGGAGCCACAGUGGCUGAGAAAUGACAGUCAAGACAGAAUUUGUAUCCUCUCUAAAGAACAGAACCGAUAGCAAGAUUGCAUCUGUCCCAGCAAACCCAGAAAGUUCUCUCGAAUCAGGGACGAUCUUCACAGACUCUUCUGCAUUGCCCCUCUUUCUCUUUCCCAUGAUUCCUGGCUCGCCCUGCUCAGCAGCCUGCACCAGGCAUGUUGCAGCACUCACCGGUGAACCUCGUUUAAUGCAGCACACAUAGGCCUCUGUUCCCUUUAGACUGAUGUCCUUGUUGGCCCUGAGCGCUUGUACACUUGUCCACCUCCACACUUCUGCUCCUUCUGUGUCACCGCCUUCUCUCUGAAAGUGUCCCAACUGGUCCCUUUUAGCCAGAGUGUCUACUCUUAGGACACCUGACCAGCUCUCAGCUCUUCACUGCCGUUUCCAGAGCAUUUCAGGACUAAAGCACUUGCCGGGCAUCUGGCUUAUACUGCUUUGCUCUUCGUUGUCACUCACCUCUCCAGGCUGUGAGUCCUUGAAGGAUGGGGCCAAGGUUGCCCCCACAAAGUCCUACUUAUGAAUGAUUUCUGAGAAUGAAUGAAUCAGAGAAUUUAUGCAGCAAUAGAAUAUUAAAAGUGAAUGUUGUUUAAGAUACAUGAAAGCUCUGCACAGUGAAGCAACACAAUGAGAAUCUCUUAGACAAAGUGAAUAAUAAGCAUUUAUGUCAAUGACUUUUUAUAUUUUUGGCUAUCUUUCAGGGGCAAUCACCCACUCUCAGUUAUUCCCGCAAAGCCUGAGAGUUAAUGAUGCUUUACUGCAUGUACAUCUUAUCAGUCAGUGAUUCACUUAUUCAUUCAAUCAUCAAAAUAUUUAUUAAGUACCUACUAGAGCCUGCUUGCCACUCUCGCCCACAUAGCUCUUGACUUUCUCUGAAAAUUUCGAUUGCAUUUUUUGUCCACCACACUCAUUUUGGCACUUAACCAUGCAAUCUUCUUUGUUACUUAAGUCCAAGUGCUUCUCGCUCCUUGGUGACUGAGUGCGCCUGGCUGCAGUGGAAAAGAAGACUGAGCAGAGAAAUGCACUCAGAAGGGAAAGUUCUGGGCACGGGCUCCUGCAAGACUGGUGGCAGGCUGGAUUGGCCCUGGUCAGCACGUGGUAUAGGACAAUCCUUUCUGCUCCUUAGCUUGAGCCACGGUAAAGAGAAAGAGUUUGGAUUAUUGUGGAGGAGGGGCCCCUUCUGAAAUUCUGUGACUCUAUAGGCAGAAGUGUCCCAGGAAUUUUAAAGGUUUCUUAAAGCCCAGAACUCCUCAACCCCAUUUAAUGGCACCCCAACAACUGUCUACGUUACUCCCACUAAGACAUCGUGACCCUUGCUAAGUGUUUGCUGUGGGUGAGAGUUACAGAAGGAGACAUGGGACCAGGAGAAACUCAAAGAGCCAGACUUGGGGACACGGAAAGAAGAGGAGGGGGAUGAUUAGUUAAAUGUAAAGAAAUACGAUAGUGAAUAACGUGGAAGGAAGAAAAGGAUUGAUCCCGUACAUCUUUUGAAAACUGGCCCCUGUUGAUGAAGUGACCAAAUUGAGACAAGGGAAAUGGCUUGUCUCAGACAAAGCAGACGAAGAUGGCUUCUGGAAAAUCUGUACUGUAUUCCCUUUCUGGGCUUUGCUUACUACUUCCUGUGCCCGGUAGGCGUUUGGAAUCUCUGCUGUGGUUGCUUUUGGACCUCAUGGGUCUAGGGGGCUAGGCAUUGUUUUCUUGUGUAGAUUCGGUUGGGCAUAAAGGUUAGGGCUAUGCCUGUGCUCCUGGGAUGUCUGUUCAAUCUUCACAUCAGAGUCUGCCCUUUCAUGGCCUGUGUUCAAUAACAAUGCGUGAAUUGGUUUGCAUGCAUUUUGAGAUAAGAGGGAGUAACCUGCAGUUUGUCCAAAGCCAGAGGCCUCUGAGGUUAGGGUUGGGGUGGAAAUAGGAAAAUUGGGUUUUGACCUGAGUUCAGCAGUCAUUCUGAGUUACCUAGGAGCACACUGUUUGAGUAUUUAGGACCAGCAAGGCUCUACAAGCUACUGAGAUGCUUCAGUUACUUUUACUCUAGGACUUGGAAUAUGAAAAAAAAAAAAAAGGCAAGCAACUCGAUUAGUCUAAUUAGGUAAAAAGAAAUGUCUUCAUUAUUCCUUUUAUUUGUUUAAGAUUGAGAGAUUUAUCAGUGGAAAGACUGGGCUUGGGGGGUUUCAGCUUGGGCCUGGAAAGAUGUAGAUGCUGGAGAUGGUAAAUUUGAUGAAUCCAAUGUUGUAGCCUGAGAACUCCCAUUAGAAGCAAUUGGGGCACAGUUGUGCUUGUAGCAAAAUAAUAAACUCUGGGUGGCAAGUCCCUUGCAGUUGUUAGGUGGUAUGUCUGUGACCUAUUAUUAUUCGAGCAAUGAGAGCUUUGACUUUUUUUUUUUUAAAGUAUUGAUUCAUAAUGGUGACUAAAAAGGAUGAUUUGAUGUGAAAGCCCUGUGGGCCUUCUCUCUGCUCAUUAUUUUGUACUCUGGAGCUCAAUUACAGUUGGGUUUUGGAUCCACAAAUGUUUGUUAAAGUCUCAGCAUUGUAGUUUGUGCCAUUGUUCUUGGCAAUGUUGGGUGAGAAAGGUCUGGUAUGAGAUGGGGCUUUUGCCCUUGACGAAUGGACAGUAUAUCUCAAGAGACAGGCUUAGCUCAAAUGGAAAGCAUCAGUCUGCAGCCAAAGUGGGAGCAUGAUCUAAGUGGAAUUAGCUAUUUGGGUGAUCAGGAAUAAAGUACAGUCGGGGAAGGCUUCAAGAAUGUUGUUUAGGUUUGAUGGUAGAACUGGAACCAGGGGACAUUCUUGGUGUCCCAGGUAACUUUGGCACAAGAGCAGAGAUGGGACAGAGUUUGAAUGUGAAUUUGGAAUUGCCACCAGGAAACAGAUGCUAAUUAUGAUCAUGUACUGCAUCUGACAGGAGCAAGGAGGUCCUGAUGCUGAAGGUCCAGCUGGCUGAUAUUGAGCCACCGGUCACUACAGCAGACAUCUUGCUGGUCCGAAGUCUCCUGACAGCAGCGGAAAGAACGACACUCAGGGCCCACUAAACUAGGCCUCAUUUACAUUUAAACAGGAGUGUCAUAGACUCUGAUGGGUGCUGUGGGGACCCCAAGAAAUGGAGAGGAAGCUGUCUCUGUUUUCAAUCUGGUGGGAGACUCCUUAAGAACUCAUAAAAACAAGUGGAGGAGUAGAAGCAGGAGAUGGUCCUCUAGGGCUCUGUGGAGUGUCAGUCAGCAGAACAGAUGGGGUGGGGUGCUGUGGGGAACGGGUCAAGGCUGUGUCUCCUGUGCUGAGAUGGGAGCCAUGACUGGACUUUUCAGAAUGUGAGGAGGGUAGGUGUGAGGAGCAGAGGUAUGUGCCAGUUGGAGGAAUUCCACACAUGCCACACACAAGAAGAUCCUGGCAUCUGACUGUCCUGCCCACUACUAGUCCUGUUAGCCACCAGCUCUUCAGUGUGGAGUUCAAAAGAGGCAUCUUUAGGAGAAAAAAAAAUAAAACUAUGUAUAAGCAUUUGGAAUGGAAUCAGCCACUUGGAGGAACAAAAAAGCUCUGUGACAUGGGUGCUCAUUUCCAGGAGUUUAAAACGUAAUUGGAGAGAGACAUGUUCAAAUUUCAGUAACAAUGCAAUAUUUAAAUGUCAGUUCAGGAUGGCUGAAGGAGAAAUAUCAUAAAGGACAGGAAAUGGAGCCAGUAUUUGUUUACUCUCUGGUAUGCCUAGCAUCUCCUUUGUGGCAGAAGCACAAACGUCUAAGUGUCAGAUUACACUUUACGUUCUAAUGACAAUGAGCAAAGCAGUUUUGAAUCAGAUGGUUGAGAAGUCAAGGAAUUUGAAUUAAGACUGAACAGGUAGUGCAGUCAAAAUUAAGGGGCCUUGAAAGAAAGACUAGGGAAGUUAUUAUCUGUUCAAUUAUUCAGUUUAGCUGCAUUGCCCUCAGGUAACUCUACCAUUUUCAUCCCCAGUUUACAUGUGGUAUGGUGGAGGAUCAGUUUAAGUGACUACUAAUGCUGGAUAUUUCAAGACUUGGGGGUAUUAUGGUUCAAUGGAAAGCAAAUGACAGUUGGGGUCAGACAGAACUACCUAUGUGAUUUCAACAAAUAUCUCUACUUCCAUUUUCUUAUCUGUAAAAUGGGUAAAUCUCAGGUUUAAAUCAACAAAUAAACUUAACACUUAUUAUAUACUAUUUCCUUGUUCAAAGUUAGGAUCAUUUUCUUUACUAUGUGGGUGUCUUCUUUAAUACACUUAAACAAAAGAUAUUAUGAUCACAGUUACUUCUUACAGGUGAACCCUACGUAUUUAACCUAUUUAGGUGCUAUUCUGUGUAUGUUAUUUUUUUCUUUUCCUUGUAGAAGUUGGUGCAGAGAUUAGGAGGCCGAUGAGAAAACUGAUGCCCAGAGAAUUUGCAGAUCUGAUCUCUUCUGAACAACCUCACGGUGUCUCCUUCCCUGGGGCUCUGAGCCCAGCCGGACCACUUUCUCCUUGGAAUUUUGGGUGCCGUCUCUUCUCACCUUUCCCUUUUCCCUGUCUCCCUCCUGAGAACUCUUGGCAACUGGAGGAUUGUCAUGGAGUCCAGGGAAGUCUUAAGUGGCUCCCGGCAAAGGGGGAGUGAGUCGGAAUUCCUGCCAGUCUCCUCAGCCAAGCCCUCGACUACUCCUAGCUGUACAGGAGAACCUUUGCUGUCUGCUCCGGAGACUGGGAAGGGAAUCCCAGCAGGUGGAGAACGCAUGGAGCCAGAGGAGGAGGAUGAACUGGGCUCAGGGCGGGAUGUGGAUUCCAACUCCAAUGCAGACAGUGAAAAAUGGGUGGCAGGAGAUGGCCUGGAAGAACAGGAGUUUUCUAUCAAGGAGGCCAAUUUCACAGAGGGGAGUCUGAAGCUGAAAAUUCAGACCACAAAACGGGCUAAGAAACCCCCAAAGAAUCUGGAGAACUAUAUAUGCCCGCCUGAGAUCAAGAUCACCAUCAAGCAGUCGGACCAGAAGGUGUCCCGUGCUGGGAAAAAUAGCAAAGCCACAAAGGAGGAGGACAGAAGCCACUCCAAAAAGAAGCUCCUCACAGCCAGUGACCUUGCAGCCAGCGACCUCAAAGGAUUUCAGCCACAAGCUUAUGAGCGGCCACAGAAACACUCAGCUCUCCACUAUGACCCAGGCCUCCCACAGGAUUUCACCAGUGACACCUUAAAACCAAAGCACCAGCAAAAAAGCAGCAGCCAGAACCACAUGGACUGGUCCACCAACUCUGACAAUGGACCUGCCACUCAGAAUUGCUUCAUCAGUCCAGAGUCUGGCAGAGAAACUGCAAGCACCAGCAAGAUCCCAGCUCUUGAGCCCAUGGCUUCCUUUGCAAAGGCCCAGGGUAAGAAAGGCAGUGCAGGGAGCACAUGGAAUCAGUUGUCCAACAGUAACAAAGAUCUGCUCUUGGGAGGUGUGGUUCCAUCUCCAAGCAACCACAGCUCACCAGCCCCACCCAGCAGCUCUGCUGAGUGCAGUGGGAUUCAGCCCUUGGUAGAUCAAGAUGGAGGAAGUACAAAGGAGCCCCUUGAACCACCUACUAUAAACAGCAAGAAAAAGUCCAGCAAAAAAGAUGUGAUAAGUCAAACCAUACCAAACUCAGACCUAGAUUGGGUCAAGAAUGCUCAGAAAGCAUUUGACAGUACAGAAGGGAAAAGGGAAGGCUACUCUGCAGAUAAUGCCCAAGAGGCCUCACCAGCCAGGCAGAAUGUGAGUUCGGUCAGUAAUCCUGAAAAUGACUCAAGCCAUGUCCGGAUUACUAUCCCUAUCAAGGCACCUUGCCUCGAUCCAAGCAGCCAUAAGAGGAAAAAGAGACAGUCCAUCAAAGCAGUGGUGGAAAAGAUCAUGCCAGAGAAAGCCUUGACUUCAGGAAUCACUAUGAGCAGUGAAGUAGUUAAUAGGAUAUUUUCCAACCCUGAGGGUAAUAAGAAAGACCCCCGUGUCCCUAAGUUGGGUAAAAUGAUGGAGAACGAGUCCCCCUCAGCUGGCCUUGAAACUGGUAUAAAUGCUGAGAAAGUUGUCCCAGGAGGUGUACCUAAGCAGAGAAAGCCACCCAUGGUCAUGACGCCUCCAACAUGCACAGAUCACUCUCCAAGAAAGCUGCCAGAAAUCCAGCACCCCAAGUUUGCCGCCAAACGGAGGUGGACGUGCAGCAAACCAAAACCCACCAGUCUGCUUCGGGAGGCAGUCAUGGCCACCUCCGAUAAAUUGAUGGUGGAACCGCCGUCUGCUUAUCCCAUCACUCCAUCCAGCCCUCUCUACACCAACACAGACAGUCUUACUGUGAUCACGCCAGUCAAAAAGAAGCGGGGGCGACCAAAGAAGCAGCCUUUGCUCACGGUUGAGACAAUUCAUGAGGGGACGUCCACCAGUCCAGUCAGUCCCAUCAGUCGGGAGUUUCCUGGCACCAAGAAGAGAAAGAGACGACGUAGUUUAGCUAAGUUGGCCCAACUAGUGCCAGGAGAGGACAAACCCAUGAGUGAGAUGAAAUUUCACAAAAAAGUAGGAAAGCUUGGGGUAUUGGAUAAGAAGACCAUCAAAACUAUUAAUAAGAUGAAAACACUCAAGAGGAAAAAUAUAUUGAACCAGAUCUUGUCCUGCUCCAGCAGCAUAGCACUGAAGGCCAAAGCUCCCCCGGAGACCAGUCCUGGGGCAGCAGCGAUCGAGAGCAAACUGGGCAAGCAGAUUAAUGUCAGCAAGAGGGGCACCAUCUACAUCGGCAAGAAAAGGGGCAGGAAGCCGAGGGCAGAGCUGCCACCCCCAUCCGAAGAACCCAAAACAGCCAUCAAGCACCCGAGGCCUGUUUCUAGCCAGCCGGAUGUUCCCGCCGUGCCUUCCAACCUUCAGUCACUUGUGGCGUCUUCACCAGCAGCUAUGCACCCACUUUCGACACAGUUGGGUGGGUCCAAUGGCAACCUGAGCCCCGCCAGCACUGAAACCAAUUUUUCAGAGUUGAAAACUAUGCCAAAUCUCCAGCCCAUCAGUGCUCUUCCAACCAAAACCCAAAAGGGAAUCCAUAGUGGGACCUGGAAGCUGUCUCCACCCAGGCUGAUGGCCAACUCCCCUUCACACCUUUGCGAGAUCGGGUCACUCAAGGAGAUAACACUGUCCCCUGUGAGCGAGUCCCACAGUGAAGAGACGAUCCCGAGUGACAGUGGCAUUGGGACAGACAACAACAGCACGUCUGACCAAGCAGAGAAGAGUUCUGAAUCCCGACGGAGGUACUCUUUUGAUUUCUGCUCCCUGGACAACCCGGAGGCCAUCCCAUCUGACACCAGCACAAAGAACCGGCAUGGCCACCGGCAGAAGCAUCUCAUCGUGGACAACUUUCUGGCCCACGAAAGCCUCAAGAAGCCAAAGCACAAGAGGAAACGGAAAAGCCUGCAAAACCGUGAUGAUCUCCAGUUUCUGGCGGACCUAGAAGAGCUCAUCACGAAGUUCCAGGUGUUCAGGAUCUCCCACCGGAGUUAUACCUUUUACCAUGAGAAUCCGUAUCCCAGCAUUUUUCGGAUUAAUUUUGAUCACUAUUACCCGGUGCCAUAUAUCCAGUAUGACCCGUUGCUCUAUCUUCGUAGGACUUCAGACUUAAAGUCAAAGAAGAAGCGUGGUAGGCCUGCAAAAACCAAUGACACCAUGACAAAGGUGCCUUUUUUACAAGGGUUCAGCUACCCUAUUCCCAGUGGAAGUUACUAUGCACCCUAUGGAAUGCCUUACACAUCAAUGCCUAUGAUGAACCUUGGUUAUUACAGUCAGUACCCAGCUCCUCUGUACCUGUCACACACGCUCGGAGCAGCGUCCCCGUUCAUGAGGCCCACAGUGCCACCACCUCAGUUCCACACAAGCUCCCAUGUGAAGAUGUCUGGUACAGCUAAGCAUAAAGCAAAGCACGGAGUGCAUCUGCAGGGGCCCGUGGGCAUGGGCCUUGGUGACAGGCAGCCAUCCCUGAAUCCUCCCAAGGUGGGCAGCGCCAGUCUGUCCAGCGGUCGGCUCCACAAGAGGAAACACAAACACAAGCAUAAGCACAAGGAAGACCGGCUCCUGGGGACCCACGACAACUUGAGUGGUCUCUUCGCAGGCAAAGCCACUGGCUUCUCCAGCCACAUCCUGAGCGAGCGGCUGAGCAGCGCAGACAAAGAGCUCUCCUUGGUGAGUGAGAAAAACAAGCAUAAGGAGAAGCAGAAGCACCAGCACAGUGAAGCCGGCCACAAAGCGUCCAAGAACAACUUUGAGGUGGACACCUUGUCUACACUGUCACUUUCGGAUGCCCAGCACUGGACGCAGGCCAAGGACAAAGGUGACUUGAGCAGCGAGCCUGCGGACUCCUGUGCGAAAAGGUACUCUGGCAAUGGUGGGGACGGGGGCAGCGCAAGACCGGAGAGCCUGGAUGUGUUCAGUGAGAUGAACCCUCCAAACGACAAGUGGGACAGUGAUGUGAGUGCGAGUAAAAGGAGGAGCUACGAAGGCUUUGGAACGUACAGGGAAAAGGACAUCCAAGCCUUCAAGAUGAACCGCAAGGAGAGAAGUCCCUACGACUCCUCCGUAUCUCCAGGGAUACCAAGUCCCCACUUAAAAGUGGACCAAACGGCAAUGCAUGGUAAGAACGAGAGCUCAGCGUCCACCGUGAUGACCAGGAAGAAGCCAGCCACGGUGGACAGUGUUGCGAUCCCACCUGCCCCAGUGUUAUCUCUCCUUGCUGCAUCGGCAGCAACGUCGGAUGCAGGGCUGGAGAAUUGCCUCUGGAUAAAAGAAAAAUCCAGCUCCUCCCUGAAGAAGCGAUUUAAGCGGCGGGAGAUCGAAGCGAUCCAGUGCGAGGUGCGGAAGAUGUGCAACUACACCAAGAUUCUGUCCACCAAGAAGAACCUGGACCACGUGAACAAGAUCCUGAAGGCCAAGCGGCUGCAGAGACAAUCAAAGACGGGCAACAACUUCGUCAAGAAGAGGAGAGGGCGUCCCCGGAAGCAGCCCACGCAGUUCGAUGAGGACUCCAGAGACCAAAUGCCAGUGCUGGAAAAAUGCAUCGACCUUCCGAGCAAACGGGGUCAGAAGCCAAGCCUGAGCCCGCUUGUCUUGGAGCCGGCCGCCAGCCAAGACACCAUCAUGGCCACCAUCGAGGCGGUCAUCCACAUGGCCCGGGAGGCGCCGCCCCUGCCCCCGCCGCCGCCCCCGCCCCUCCCGCCGCCUCCACCACCCCCGCCGCCCCCGCCGCCCCCUCUGCCCAAGACCCCCAGAGGAGGCGGGAAGAGGAAACACAAACCUCAGCCUCCGGCCCAGCCCCCGCAGCAGGCGCCCCCGCCACAGCCCCUUCCCCCGGAAGAGGAAGUGAAAGCCAAAAGGCAGAGGAAGUCGCGAGGGAGUGAGAGUGAUGUCCUUCCCUAGGGUGGGUCUGGGCGUCCGAACCUGGGGCCGGGGGUGGACUUACACGUUGGAAGUGCAGUGAGCCGGGCUGGGCGGAAUCCCCGCCGCAGGGACACCAUGCCCUGCUCUCCAGAAGCUGGGCAGGGGCAGAAUCGGGCCAGAGGACGGGGUUGAGCCUUCAGGAGCUCUUGGCAAAGCAAAGCAAGGGGACAUCUUCAAAAGAAUGGGUGUGUGCGUGCGUGUGUGUUUGCGCGCGUGCGUGUGUGUUUCACAGCAGUUCCCACCAAGCAGCACUUCAGUAUGGCUAGAUCCUUGACAGGCAGCAGGAGACCCAUCCUGGAGGAAAAAGAUGGUGGUGCUCCCGGAAAGCCGCCAGACCUCCUGCAGCCAAGGCGCACCCUUGAUUCCAUUGCGGUUGCUGGACAGGAAGAUUGAAAGGGAAACGCCCUCAGUUAGGAAACAUUCCAAGGGGAGAAAAGUGGCACAUUUCUCAACUGGCUUUAUUGUAAUCCACUUCCAUUUUAAUUGGUUUUUAUUUCUUCUGGUUUUUCGAGCUAGGCUAGGCUUUGGGGCACCAAAAUCAUCUUCAGGUGACCUGAAUCUUUCUGUUAACAAUACGGUUUCUUAGAUAGACUGAUGUCAUCGGAGGGUGAAAUUCUAGUGAUAGGCAACCUCAGACAUGCAUUCAUACUCUUUUGUGUGUUUCCUCUACCACACGUACAGUGAUUUUUAGCAUCAUCUGUUCCAGCUUUUUCUUUGCACAUUAUACUUCCAUGUACCUUUUCAUUACCUUUCAUGCCUGAAUAAUGUAAACCUUACCUGUGUCGUCAUGUUCGUCCUUGGCAUGCUGUUCCAAGGAACUUGGCUUUGAAUCCCAGUCGUUGUGAAACGAAUACUUAGUAUUGAUAGAGCCUUUUAAAAAUAAGUAAUUUAGAGCAACUGAAGAUAUGUUGACCCAGGUAUCAAUCAGGUUAUUUUUAUACUUAAAACAUAUCAGCGAAGUAUAGACAGAUUAAAAUGGUUUUAAUGCCCCAUAGAAAAUGGAAUAAUUGACAAAUCACCAAAAAUUGAAACCCCGGACCCACCAGAAAGACAAGUGUCUAGCAAUGCCUUGUUUGUUUUUUUUUUCAAACAGAUAACUGUCAAAGGUCAUUGAAAAAAAAGGGAGCAAAAAGACAAUAGAAGUCCAUUAUCUCUUUUCAUGAAAGCAGAUGGGAUUAAGUGUUCUUAUCUGGCAAAAAAGAAAGGAAAUGCUCAAAGGGUGUCACCACUUCAAUUGUAUCACAUCACCUUGGACAAAGUAUCCAAGUUGUGGUUGCCUUAAUAAACUGAAACAUUUUGUACAUAAUGUAAUUAUAAGUCUAUCAGUCUGCAUGGAUGCAAACUGUGUGUGACUAAUCGUCUUUUAAAUGGUCAAUUUCAACUGUACAUUUCUCAUCCAAGUUGUACUCUAGCCAUUGGUUUAGCGUGGACAGAUAUUCCAUCUCUUUUAUCCAUUUCCACAGCCCAAGUAAAACAUGUUAAGAAACUCAGAAUGAAUAUGAAGUUAUUCCGUUGCCAUAGAUGUUUUCUAAAAGUCAGAUGUGGAAACUUCAAAUAAGUAUUUUCAAUUUCCUUCCUCACACCUCCCCCUUAUCUUCCCUAAGACAUCAAAUACCUGGUAUGGUAGAUUAUAAAAAGAGACACACUACGAGACAGAAUUAAAUUUUCUGAUGAGAAUGAGAAUAUCUGGUUUACCUACAAAUUGCUUCUUUACAGGAAGUUGGGAAGAGCAGAAAAUUGUAUUAUUACUUCAGAACACAACAUUAUUUCCUUAGAAAAAGAAGGAUUUUUGUUGGGAACAUAGAGUAAGGGAUGGGUUAUCUAUCAGAGUGAAUGUUUAAAUUCCAAGUUAAUAUGCUUGCAAACAUCACUGCUCUGUCAUGGCACCAGCACUUGGUUGAAAUUACCCACAGAGUCAUCCUAUUGUGUGCUAUCACCAUGGACUUCACAUCGUGUGCUGCCACUAAGUCAGUAGCAUUUAAUCCCAGCAUAUGUGAGUUUAAAGGAAUGCAGUCUCCUGUUCUUCAAAGCUUAUAUCUUAGAUACUGUUUAUGACCUAGGUUGACCUUUGGCAUUUCACACAGGUUGAACAGCAAAAUCAAACCAACCACUUUAAAUUUGUCAUUCCCAAGCCAUAUCUGAGUGGUUCCAAAGUCAUUCAAGAGGAAGGUUUAAAUUAUCCCUGCUCACCCCACCAUUGCUAUGAAAAGAGCACCCAUUUUCAUUCCAAUUAAGCCAUAAAGAGGUUUCUUUCUUGUUGGAUUUUGAAAAUAAUUGAUUUCAUUCUUUCUUUUGCCCUUCUUCCUUCCAGUGUUGUACUGUUUCCCCAACCAAAUCUGUGAGCAGACUAAAUCUUCCUGCAGAGAGGAAUAAGCUGACACUCUCUAAGCUUCUUAAGGAAGGACCUCAAGCUCAAUUGGCAUUAACCUCUAGUAGGUGAGAAAUUUCAAAUAACUCUAGGAUACAUUAGAAUUUCCCAACCAACAAAAGGUAUUCCAGGAGAGGUACAGCAGACUUAUACCUUAUACAUAAAUUCAGUUCACCAGUGAUCAUGUGAGUCAAAUGCAGAUCUUCUACAUUUAUGAUCCCAAGACUAGAUUGGAAAACUGCAGAGGAGCCAAACUGAGAUAAGCUAAUUCAUUGUUUGGAGGUGGAUGCAAGUUUUGUCACCUACAGGGCUUCUCUUUCCCAUCAAGUUCUUCCCUCAGUAUCACAUUACUUUGAUUUUUUUUCCUUUUGCUUUCUAUUAGCCUAAUUCAUCUUUCUAGUAUGGCCAUUUCCUCAUUUUCUAACUACCCCCUUUGCAUUAGCCUCUCCUGUCCAGGCUCAAUAUGGGGCCAGUCUCAUUUCACAUAUUAUUGGUAGCAGAACCAGUAUUAGAACCCAACUCUCCUGACAUGCACUGGGGAGGUCUCUUAGCCACUCAACAUUGCUUUCUGUGGCUGCAUAUUUAGAGAAAAUGCACGAGACUCCAUAAACCGCUCCAAAAGUAUUUCAUAAUAAGAGGAAUUCCUUGGUUUACUGUUCUGUUUCCUGCAAGACUUGCCUUCAGCAAGGAGGCACUUAAUAUGGACCCACUUAUAUGGAGUCUGAUUAGGGGUAAGCAAAGGGUGAAAUCGGUAUAAAAAUCACCUUGAGGGUGACGAUGAGUCUCUGAGCCAUCUUUCUAAGUGGCUGGGGAGCCACUUGCUUUUCAACCGCUUGUCUCAAACGAGAGGAACAGAGUUUAACUUCCUCUAAUGUAUGGCUCCCACUACAACCCGAGGAAGACAGGUUGAAGGAAAGGAGAGCAUGUCAGGGUUGGCUCGUGAUUUGACAGGCCUGGGACUCAACAGCCACUGACAGCCCCGAGUAGGUGACUAAGGGCCGACAGGAUUAGCAUGUUAACUUGGCUGCUGUCCGGAGUGGAAGGCCACAUUUGAUGGCAGUCGGAGUUUGUGUUCUGGGCAUUGCUGGUUCUAUAAAUAUGAUAAGCAAGUGGUGACAGAAUUAUAGUAUAAGGUGAUGUACUACAUGGAGAUCAUAAGGAUUUGGUUUUAGGACUUAAGUAGAAAAUCCACUCCUACAGCUUAUUACCCAACAAUAUUCAGAUAAUGAGCUUUUGGAGAAUAUUAUUUCCCUACCACUAGGAAGAUUUACCUGGGAACUGUCUAAAGUCUAUACAUAUAUUUCCAAAGCCUUUAAAUGCCAACUGCAGCAUGGGGGUCGGGGGGAGGUGGCAGAAGCUGAAAUGCCUCAAAAGCCAUUUAAGUGUUACAUUGCGGGAUUUUCAGUCCUUCACAUUAUGUAAAAGUAGAUAAAUAUAGACAUUAUUCUCAAUUCUACCCUAUAAUAUCACAAUGGUCCACAUGCCAGAGCUUACAGACAAUGUCAUCACAGUGCCUAGAGACUCGAACUGUAAUAUACCGUAGCAUUUUCUGGGUGUUUUUUAAAGUUUCCUUCCACAACACCAGGCUCCCUCUGCCUCUUGUUUCUUGGAGAGUUUGCCCUACUGAUGAGUCUGCCUCCCUUGUUGGACUCAGUCACUUGGGGAACAGUCUUAGAAGCACAUAUCAACCAAGGAAGAAACUUCCUGGAUAACUCUCGCCCACUUGCCCAGGUAUAAUAAACACUAAAGGGGGAAAAAUUGAAAAGAGCUGCCACUGGUCAACACAGAAGGGCAGUUCCAGCUUAGGUUGGUGUCUUUCUUUUUCUUCCUUUUUUAAAAAAAAAAAAUCUAUUUCUUAAAUAAUAAUAAAUGCACAUGAUGUGUUAAAUAUGUAUAUAUAUUUCAAAAGAAAAAAAUGGGGCACAAGAUUGUCUUACAAGUCGUGCUGGCUAAUUUUUAGUUUGUAUUCAUAAGUGGUUUUUAAAAGCCUUUUUUAAAGUGUAAUUUGCAUGUUCUACUUUGAUUGUAUGUAAACAUAUUUUAGAACAAAAAAUGUAUUUGUAUUUUAUUGAAUAUAGAGGCAAGAAAAAUUGUACAUUGUUUGAAAUGUUCUUUUUGUAACAGUUUUUAUUCAUAAAGCAUUUUUGUACAUUUAAAAUGAACAUGGACUUGCUGUUAUUUGAGGCGUAGAUACAUCUGGCAUGCUUUACUGUCAUGCUCCUCCAUGGUCUUAGAUGUUGGGUUUUAAACAUUUUUUCUAAAAGAAAGCUCAGUCUUUUUCGCUACCAGAUCAGGUUAGCACAGUAUAGAGCACUUAACUAUUAAAAAAAAAAAAGUUAAUCCUAUUCAUAUGUUAUUCAUUGUGUGAAAUUAAAGACAUUCAAUUCAGUCUAA